GCGACCGCGCGGCGGGAUGUUCUCAGGGGCGCGCCCUGGGCGCUGAGACCGAGCCUGGCGUGCGGCUGCAUUUCCCUCUUCCGGGGCACUCCGGCCGUUGGCUCCACCGAUGUGACGCCCUCCCUGCGGAAGGAUGGGGAUCUUUCUGGCAUAUGUCGGAUUCGUCGUCUUCUCUGUGUUCUGCGUGCAGCAGGGGCUUUCUUCCCAGGCGAAAUUCACGGAGUUUCCGCGGAACGUGACGGCCAGCGAGGGGCAGAACGUGGAGAUGUCGUGCGCCUUCCAGAGCGGCUCCGCCUCGCUCUACCUGGAGAUCCAGUGGUGGUUCCUGCGGGGCCCCGGCGGCCUGGAGCCCGCCGCCGAGGCGGCCGGCGCGCAGGUGGAGCUCCUGCCGGACCGAGACCCGGACAGCGACGGCACCAAGAUCAGCACAGUGAAAGUCCAAGGCAAUGACAUCUCCCACAAGCUUCAGAUUUCCAAAGUGAGAAAAAAGGAUGAAGGCUUGUAUGAGUGCAGGGUGACGGACGCCAACUACGGGGAGCUUCAGGAACACAAGGCCCAGGCCUACCUGAAGGUCAAUGCCAACAGCCAUGCCCGGAGGAUGCAGGCCUUUGAGGCCUCGCCCAUGUGGCUACAAGACACGAAGCCCCGCAAAAACGCCUCUGCAGCGGCUCCCAGCAGCAUGCACAGCUCUGCCACCCAGCGAGCACACGCCACCUCCAGCCCUCACGCAGUAGCCAGGAUCCCCAAGCAAAGUCCACAAUCAGCAAAGAGCAAAUCGCCUGUAAAAUCUACGGAGCGGACAGCAAAGUUGACCCUAAACUCCAAGCACCACUCUGCACCACUGUACUCUAAUAUCCUACCCAAGGAGCGCCUGCUUCCGGAGCAUAAACGAAGAGGCUAUCACAUGCUUUGUUGAUGAUAUUUUCUUUGGCAAAUCACCUGAUCUUUUAUUUCAAGAGAAUUAGUGUGAAGUGAUAGGAUGUUUUCUAAUAGCAAGAUCUAUUUUUUUUUUCCUUUUCUUUCGGCAACUGAAAGUCAUCAUUUCACUGACUACUCAGGGGUUGGCCAGAACAUCAUCGGAAUAAACAUUCACACUGUGGAUACCGUUGGUUUCCUACUAAAAGGCCCAUUGUCUACAAAAAAACAAACAGAUCAAAAUGCUACAGAGCAUAAACUACCAUCAGCUAAAGCCCCCAGAUGGGGACAAGAACAAAAUCACCAACACUACACGUCGACAAGAACAUUAAGCAAAGAAUAUUAAAAGAAAGAUUUUUUGUUUUCCCCUUUUUUCUUGGAAUUUUUCUGCUUUUUCAUGAUUGCAGUUCGUGUUCUGUGGUGGCAAGCACUGAUUAUGGCCAAUCCCUGUCAAUCCUGGGAGGUUUCUAUAUAAAUACAUUUUAAGUGUUCUAUAUUUCAACGUGUUUUCAUUCAUUUUGCAAUUCCUGUAUAUGCAAACCUGACAAAUUCUGUAAAUUGCUUACAGUAUGUGUGAUAUAGCUUCAAAAUAGAUACACUAUGAACCUCAUGCAAGCUGAUUUUCAUCGUUAUAUAUAAAUAUAUACAUAUGGAUAUCUACAUGAUCAGCCAUCAGCCAACUUUUUUUGGCAGAGCAUUUGUUUUUCAUUUAUAAUUCAUGCACUAUGUGAGUUUCAUAAUGCAUUGUUUCACUUCCAUGGUUUGACAGCUACAGAUGGAAAAUGCAUAUUCAAAAUUGUGUCAGUCUCUGAUAAAUGAAUUAAGUUUUUCUGUGUGUGUGCUACACUGGAAUUUGCUGUGUUCUUUUAUUAUGUGUGGUGUUCACUGAGGAGUGAGGGUCUUCUGACUGUAGAAUGUAUACUGUCUGGCUUUGACAGCUCUCCUUGCAUUAUUAUCAUUGCUGCUGUCAAAAGGAAUGUUGUUUCCAAAAAAUUUUCACCGGAGGCAGAGGUGGGCAAAGCCCCCAUGAUUCCCGGCUUCAUGGAAGAACACCUAGUGCCAUGGUUCCAAAUGCUGCUUCCUUAGAUCUUUGUGAACUUUCGUUGUGUUGUCAUGCUGUUAUUUGCUGCUAAUUAUAUGUUAAUAUCGCCUAACUAAAAAUUAAAAUUUGGUUGUUGGCUAAUAUAAUAUGCAAAAGGCAACUGGAAAUCUCUGACUCUAAAGAAGAUAAUGUGUGCAGCUUUCACUAGGUAAAGGAAUUUUAAUUCUAAAUAUUCCAACUUUGUUGGCUGUAUGAUAAUUUGGACCUUUUUAAGAACUGUUUGUUUUCUCCUCUGGCAAGGGACACAGAACCGUUCAUGUGUUCCAUGUAUACUGUGCAUAGACAUGGCUUAAGAAAGAAAUGACCUCAGUUUUCCUUCCAGAGAGAUUCUGCCAUUUUCUUUCAUUACAAAACCAGAAAGUCAUCUGUGGGAAUCAUCUGCUGCAUGCUGAGGUCUAACCUGAAGCUGAAGGCAGUGAAUAUCUCUGCUUUCAAAGGUAAAUGCAUUUUCUGUGGCCCAGUUACAAGCAAUGUUUAUAUUUUCAUGAUAUUCUUGACAUUACUUUCUGAGAAAUACUGUUCACGCUUAAUCUUUUAUUGUUAUGUUUUGUGUUGAUUUAUGAUUUCAGUCUAAUGAGAAAAAUAAAGGUUUUGAUUGCGCUAUUUUAUUAACUUAGAAAUGUAUUUUCUUUCAAAUAUUAAUAUUUUAAAUGAAUAAAAUAGUGGAAGAACAUAUAUAUAUGUAGAUAUAUAUCAUCUAUUAAAAUCUAUCAGGUCUUUUCUUUAAAGAUUACAUACAUUAAAGCCUAAAUUAAUACACAGAUUCAGUCAAAUUCAAUCAAGCUGGGAAAAUCCUCCAGGUAAUGUAUUUUUACAUGAGAUGGGUUGGUUCUAGAGCUCUUCAGACUUGUGCCUGUAUCUCCGCUGUAUUCACAGUUUUAAUAAAGAUCACAUGCUAGUUUGGGAAAA